AUGGAGGAAGAAGACUGCACUAUCUUUAUUGAAGAACUCAAAAGUGAUGAUCCAAACCUGAAAAUCAAUGCAGUCACUAAAAUUGUAUCAAUAGCAUAAAUUCUUGGUCCUGCUAGAACAUGCUCUGAACUCAUUCCAUACUUAAUUGACAUUAUUGAAGAAUAAGAUAAUGAGGAUGAAUUUCUAAUUAAAUUAGCAUAAGAACUUGUAAAUUUAAAACCUCAUACAGGGGCUAGUCCCCAUCUUUUAAAUGUCCCUCUAGAAAUUCUAAGUUCAAUGGAAGAGCCAUUAGUAAGGGAAAAAGCUGUAGAAUCAUUGUUAUUGUUAGCAGAAGAUAUGCCUGAUAGUAAGAAUUAAAUAAAAUAAUAAAGGCUUUUUUGAAAAUCACUUUUUUUAGAUCAUUUAACAAUUAGGUUAAUGGGACAACUUUCCAUCCCGUAUUUCUGCAGCUAGUUUAUUUCCAUUAACUUAUAAACAUGUUUCAUUUGAAAAGAAAAAUAUUCUUUGGGAAUUAUAUAAAUAAUUAUGUGGAGAUGACACACCCAUGGUUAGGAGAGUCUGUGCAGGUGUAUUGUCAGAUUUAGCAAAAAUUAAAUGCUAAACAUAAUAAUUACUUACAAUUUGGGAAACUCUACUUAAAGACCCUGUUGAUAGUGUUAAAAUUAAAGCCAUAGAAGGUUCACAAUAAAUGCUUAAACUUAUUGAUGACAAUAAUGAAUUAGAUACACACCUUCAAACCUAUUUUGCAUUAGCAGAUCCCAGAGAAAAAAGUUGGCGUGUUAGAUACACCGUUCCAGAAUGUUUAGAAAGUAUUAUUGAUAUAGUAGUCAAAUUGAGUAAUCAUUAAAAACAUAAUAAUUAGAUAAGGAUAAAAGUAUUCUUAAAAGUAAAGCUGUCCCUGUCUUUCAAUAAUUACUCAAAGAUCAAGAACCUGAAGUUAGAUCUAUUACUGUGAUGACUAUUUAUCAUUUAUUGAAAGAGAUACCAUCUACAUUCAAAGACUAAUUUUUACCUUAUUUCUAAGCUCUUUCAACUGACACUUCCUAACAUGUAAGAAUGUCAUUAGCUGAAUAAAUUUGCAAAAUAUCAAAACAGUAUUCAGUCUAAGUUGUAAUACAAACUUUUAUUCCUUUAAUAUCUACUCUAAUUAAAGAUGAUGUUGUAGAAAUCAAAAUCAAAUUGGCAUAUAAUUUAGAUCAAUUAUCUCAAAUCAUAGGACCUGAAAAUUCUAUAAAACAUUUGAUACCUCUUGUUACUUCAUUUGCUACUGAAAAACAAUGGAGAUUUAGAUUAGAGAUGAUGUCUAUUAUACCAAAACUUUUAAAAGUUGCAGGAUAUGAUAGUUUUCUUGAAUUAUAGGAGAUAUAUCUUGAUAAAGGAGUUCUAAAUCAUUAUUAAGCAAUUAGAGACCAAGCAAUAGAGAAUUUGAUUCCAAUCUGUGAAAAUUUUGGUUAUGAAAAAAUUCGAGACUUUGUUUUAAAAUGCAUUUCAAAAUAAUUCGAAUAACCAAAUUAUAUAUUUAGAGUUUCUGCUAUGCACAGCAUUAUUAAAUUAAGAGAUAUACUUUCAAUUGAUGAUUUACUUAAUUUAUUUUAGGUACUUUUUAAAUUAAUUAUCAUUUUCUAGGAUAUCACCUCUAAAUCAAUUAAUGACAAAGUACCUAAUGUUAGAUUAAAUAUAUUUAAAUUAUUUACUGCUAUUCAAGAUAAAUUAGAUGACAUAACAUAAAAUGAAUUUAAAAAUAAAACAAGAUUCUUAUAACAAGAUGAAGAUAAAGAUGUACAAUUUUAUGCAUCAACAAUUUGA